AGCCUGGAGGCUGUCAUGUGUCCCGGCACACAGCAGCGCACGGACCCCUCCGCUGUGUAGGGCUGACAGUCUCCCAGGAGCAGCAGCCGCAGCUGCGUGAGGGGACCCGGCUCUGAGCUCUCGCUCCCCAUCUACCCGGUGACAGCCUGUCAGACACCCACCCGUACGGCCACGCGCUUACAGAGCUUCUCACUCGCAGGGAGCACUGCAGGUCUAGUCCGGCGUUCCGGAAUCUGUUCCAGUCACCGAAUCCCGGAUGAAUGUCUCUACAUAACAGCAUGAGCCGCCGGCCACGCUAUAAUACUCGUACUUCUACACCCCCAGCGCUGCACGGGACGGUGUGACUAUUGUAUACUCUACGUAUUAUAGAUAUUAAUCCAUGUAGUUUGGAAUGGCGGAAAACCAACAAGAUGUUCUGCACUUACAGUUAGAUGAUGGGUCGUUUAUUGAAGGCGUAAGCAAUCAAGUGAUUGUAGCAGUUGUCAUCAGUUUGACCUUUAUUGCUGCACUUACAUAUUUCAUGUUAAGAGGUGAGCAGCAAAAUAUUCACCCUGAAAAUCAAGAACGUGUAAGAGCUAUACGGGAGCAGCUACAAAAUGAACAGGAAACGACUGUCCCACCUCGACAUCAAUUCUACUCAGACAUGUCUUGCCCAGUCUGUUUACAACAAGCUACGUUUCCAUUGGAAACAAACUGUGGGCAUCUUUUCUGUGGUUCAUGUAUUAUUGCAUACUGGAGAUAUGGUUCAUGGCUUGGAGCUAUCAGCUGUCCUAUUUGCAGACAAACAGUAACGUUAUUAUUUCCAUUGUUUGAUGUCGGUGAACAGGAAGAUGCACAAGAAAUAUUUCAGGAAGUUAAUAAUUACAACAGAAGAUUUUCUGGACAGCCUCGUUCUCUUGUGGACAGAAUUAUGGACUUGCCGACAUUGCUACGCCACGCGUUUCGGGAGAUGUUUUCAGUUGGUGGCCUUUUUCGAAUGUUCCGAAUAAGAAUUGUCCUCUGCCUGCUUGGAGCCUUUUUCUAUCUGGUGUCUCCUUUGGACAUUAUUCCAGAAGCUCUGUUUGGUAUUCUUGGUUUGAUGGACGACCUGUUUGUCAUAUUUUUAUUGCUUAUUUACAUUUCGAUCAUGUAUCGUGAAGUAGUAACUCAAAGGUUGCACAGGUGAAGAAUGGUUUGGUGGGUGUGUAUUACCUGAGCCUUUAAAUAACUUUGUCUAUGCAGGUUUGCGUACAUGAAUAACUGGAAUCAAACAUUUUUUUUUCUCUUGUUAUAAAAAAAUUAUUAAAGGGUCUCUCUCUCCCUGUGAAUUCCCACUAUAUAGAUUCUUGGUUUUGCAACUCAACUUGCUUUUCUAUGGUGAUCCUGUAGCUUCUCUGCUUACUGUAAUGGACUAUAAGCAAUAGCACAGGUUUGGCCAACAUAUGGCUCUCCAGCUGUUGUGAAACUACAAAUUCCAGCAUAUUCUCCCACCCAUCAGCUGGUAAAGCAUUCUGGGACUUGUAGUUUAACAGCAGCUGGAGAGCCACAGACUUGCCAGGCCUGAAAUAGCAUAUUAUGGUAAACAUGAGCUGAAAUUCUAAUGAAUGGUGUAAACGCAGUUUGAGUUACAAAGUUGGUAUUGAACUGAAAUUUAAUUUGUUUUAUAUUUGUAAUAAUUCAAAAGCAACAUUUACACAGCAUGGCAGUCUUCUGUUGUUUAUUAUUAAAGUAUUAUAAUACAUACAGUAUAAACAAAAAAACAAAAUGUAAGCAUCCACAAAUUUAUAUGUCAAAUACUAAGUACCACCCAGCAGAAAAGAGGACUUAGUAGAUGGUAUAAUAAUAAUAUUUCUAUAAUAAUAUCCAAGUAGCCUUACUUAAAUAGUAGUAAUCUAUUCAGAUCACAUAUAUUGUGUGCUCCCCAGUUAAUAGAAAGUCAAUGGUCUUGCAAAGUUGUAUUUUGACGGGGUAAAAAUAUUCAUGAAUAUUUCAAUCCAAAGUGAGUAUAUCAUUAUAAGUAAUUCAAGUUAAUUAUCAUAUGAUGUUAUUUGUUAACGCAAUAUUCCCUUGCUGAAACCGUGAGCUAUGAACAUUUUGUCAGAAUACAUAAUUGUGAAUUACAGAUAAUGAUAUACUCCUUAUAUGCUUUGUAUUUCUAAGAGAACCUAAGUAUCUUAUGUCCAUGAUGAAGGCAAUCCAUCAGGACUGUGGGCAGUAAUGGUGCAAGUGCAAUUUAAGAACAGUGACGUUUGACCGCAGAAAAUGGUGUUAUCCUCCUCUGGCAUUGUGAUAGCACUUUCCAGAGAACAACUGCUACUAGCCAGGUGUUGUUCUAUGCUGUUUUUCCGAGACCAUCACACUAAUUGUUCAUUGUUGUGCUCUGAAUCUGUUGUCAGGCACAGUAACAUCCUACCUGGUAUGCUCUAAAGUAGCUAUGCUGACAAGCAGGCAGUAUUAUUGGGUUGUAUACUUUGACAUGUAAGUUUUAAUUUAACAUGAAGAGGAGUUCAGUAGGAACUUAAUUAAUUAGGGUGAUACUUAAUGAUCCAUAAAAUGAAACUAGCAGUUUCAUAAUUGGCUUUACACAUUAUCAGUCUCUAGUUUUCAGCCAAUGCAAUAACUUUUCUUUUUUUCCAGGAAAACCAUGAAAGCUUGUUGCUAUGGGUUACUGCAUAUUAAACACUUUGUUUACAAAUAAUCCCCAUAGUGUAAGUUGAAAUGUAAAGAAAUAGCACAGGUCUAAAAUUAUUAACACUACAUACUUUUUCCUCAAUGCACAGUAGUUAGCAUUGCUGAGAGUUUGAGUGUUCUGUCCAAGUUUGCAGGGUUUUUCUCAAGGUACUGUACUCUGGUUUCUUCCCACACUUUAAAAACAUACGGGUAGGUUAAUUGGCUUCUGAUGUAAAAGAUUUGUGUGUGUCGAGAACGUUAGACUGUACACUCCAUUGGGACUGAUUUUAAUGACAACAUAUUCUUUGUGAUAUAAUUGGCACUGUAUGAAUGUUAAAUUAAAUAAAAAGGCAUUUGGAGCUAUUUACUAAUACCUUGCAAAUGUGCGUUAGCCUAUAACAAUUUUUGUUUGGAAAAUAUGCGCUAGAACAAUUAAAGUUAAUUGUUUCUUAA